AUGUCCCAAUCUGCAAAGCGAUAUGUAUCAGGACCCAUCUGCGCGAAGGAUUGGUCGCGCUUCGAGCGCUAUGCGCCAUUUGUUCGGGUGCUCGAAUACUCGAGAGGUCAAUGGUCAAUCGACCCCACCGUCUUCCUGUUCCUUCAGCGGCACGCGCGAGACAUGCCGCUCUUUCCGAACGUUCGGGAGCUUAUAUGGGAACAUGCAACACCUGAGUUGGUGUCAGUAAUCUCGCCGUCGAUUCGCACCUUGCGCCUACCUGAAGACAUCCACGAGGACGAGAAUGGCCAUCAAGUCCAUGAAUACGCGUAUCGUACGCGGCGACAUGCUCUCAAGCAACUCCUUCCCACCAUACUACAGGACCUCCCCGACCUCAAAGAGCUCGAGUUACGAUUGCUGGGGCACGAAGCCUUUUGGAACGCACUAAAGUCGGGACCCAGUAAUUCCUUCCUAUGCCAGGGUAUCCGCACGCUCGACAUAACAGAAACUCCUCGCGCCCUCGCUAGCGCGGCGCUUCCAAUCAUCUCGACAAUCAAAGGGCUGUUCGAGCUCAGGAUAUCCGUCGCCAUCCCGAAUGUUGACGAGGACGAUUAUCAUCCUCAGUCAGCCAGCAACUGCGAAAUGCCAUCCGUUCCCCCGUUCGCGAACCUGAGACUCCUACGUCUCAGUGGCCCACUCAUAGGGGUGAGGAACCUUGUCAACGCGAUUGUUGCCCCCGAACUCGAGGAUGUGGAGCUAGUAUGCGAGGGCGACCUAGACAACGACAUCGACCUAGACGACGACACCGACUCCCUAGGCAACGACAUGCGAAGAGAGACCUCGGAUGUGCUCUAUGUAAUCUUUGACCUACUGCGUCGCCGCAACGCGGUGUCAUUACGGAGACUUCACUUCACCCAUUUGGAUGCAGAUGAGCCCCUCCUCUUAGACCCAGUGACAACUGACGCGCAGGUAUCUGGUCCCGGGAGUCCAUUACUCGGCCUUCAUCGCCUCCAAGACGUCAUGAUCCUCCAGGCCCUUCCGGAGGCCAGUCAGUAUUCGAAUUCAGACAUCAUUGGCUUGAUAGAUGCGUGGCCCGAGCUACAAAUGCUCGUCUUGCCUCAAAUCGUGGUCUUUCCUGAGACACUGCGAUGCAUCGCGCGCGCAUGCCCCGAGGUUGAAAGUCUCACUGUGGGGCAAUUGUCACGAGACUUUGUUGAAAGCCUCCCUCUGUCGACGUCUGAAGCCUCCUCUGGUAUUGGCACUGCAGAGUCCAGUAGUGGAAGGCCAGCACUUCGAGCAUUCUACGUCAAAGACUACUCCGAGCCAAGGACACCACCAGGAUCAGCAGACUCGCCUGCUUCUUCGAUUCGCUCUUUCCCCAGCUCGAGGCUGAACACUUUCUGGUGCCGUGCUUGCGUAUACCGUCCCCCUGUCGGGAACGAGGGGCAUCCAUGCCGCAGCGGAGAAAUUGAAGGAACUGCAACUCACGCGGCGAAAUGCAAGGCUAAUCGAUUCGGAGUCUACUACCGACCCCCCCCCCGCUCUGCACGCGCAAGCCUAGUACCCCGUACCGUGUAAUAUUUCGUAGUAUAGACUCCUGCUU